AUGGAGGGACUAUGCAUGCUGUUAAAACGACUGGCAUACCCUUGUCGUUUCAGUGAUAUGAUUGAAACGCGUUUUGGAAGAUCUGUUUCUGAGCUAUGUAUGAUAACAAAUCGAGUGAUGGAUUUUAUCUACGACACCCAUGGCCACCGCAUCACUCAGUGGAAUCCUGCUGUGCUAAAUCCUGGAUUUCUUGAACAGUACGUAGCUGCCAUUGAAGGUAAAGGUGCCGCCCUAGACAACUGCUUUGGGUUUGUUGAUGGCACGGUGCGUCCAAUCUCCAAACCGGGUGAACAGCAGAGGAUUGUGUAUAAUGGGCAUAAAAGGGUCCACGCCCUGAAGUUUCAGUCAGUUGCUGUACCCAAUGGGCUCAUUGCAAAUAUGUAUGGUCCAGUAGGUAUGCUCCUUUUAAGAAAUAUAUAACUAGUCAACACAAAGUACUCAUUUUAAAGCUUGGAUAUUUCACAUUAUUAAUUUUAUUUGAUAUUUGUUUUUCAGAAGGUAAGAGGCACGAUUCAGGAAUGUUGGCUGAUUCCGGGCUUCUUCGGGAUCUAGAGGCUUACGCGUUUUCACCAGCAGGCUUACCAAUGUGCAUAUAUGGAGAUCCAGCCUAUCCCCUUAGAGUCCACCUACAAGGCCCUUUCCGGAACCCUCAUCUCACUCCUUUAAUGGAAGCAUUCAAUGCUUCCAUGAGCUCUGUAACGAUUUCAGUGGAGUGGCUCUUUGGAGACAUUAUAAACUAUUUCAAGUUUUUGGAUUUUAAGAAGAAUUUAAAAAUUGGCAUGAGCAGCAUUGGCAAGAUGUAUAUUGUCUGUGCACUACUGCACAAUGCCCGCACCUGUCUCUAUGGCAAUAAGACCUCGUCAUUUUUCGAGCUUGAACCCCCCACCCUCGAGGAAUACUUUGCUUAG